AUGGCUGUUGACAACUAUGACAUACCCAAAAAUCAGAGCAAUCCAACUACUCUAGCUAUGUCUGUGGUAAGCAUGUUCGUCACUUCCUCGGAUUCUGCUGUUAUUACUGUACAGUACCUUAUUCACUCUUGUAUGUCACUUUUGCCUUGCUCAGAUGACAAUACUUCCUUCAUGAGCUUCACCCAGGAUUUCGGACCAAUAUUAAGGUAA